CUUCCACUACCACUACUGCUACUUCUUCUCUUUCUGCUUAAUCGAACAAGCUCAGGGGCCGGGGCACAAAGCGAAAGAGGAAAACACGCCAAAAAAAAAAAAAGAAAAAGAAAAGAAAACUCUCUUGCUUCCUGAGAGAAGAAUAAAUUAAAUUCAGGGAAAGAACCCAUAGAUAGAUAGAAAGAGAGAUAGUUGAAGAGUUCACACGAUGCUGCUGCGUGAAUGGCGUUAGGGUUUCUCGUUGAUCCUCCCAAGCUCGAUUCCCUUUCUGCAAUUGUCUCCCUGUCUUGCUUCUUCAAACCCUAAUUUGACGCUAGGAUUCGGUAUCUUCGGAAAUUUUCUUCACUGUUGAGCUGAGUUUUUUUUUUUGUUUUCUGAGUUGCUGCGAUGGGCGCGCCGGAGAAAUCGCAGGCGAAUUCCUCUAAUUCGAUGCAGCGUGUCAAGGUUUAUCGAAUGAAUGAUGAUGGAAAAUGGGAUGACCAAGGCACUGGACAUGUCACUAUUGAUUAUAUAGAGAGAUCAGAAGAGCUGGGUUUAUUUGUUUAUGAUGAAGAAGAUAAUGACAACUUACUAAUGCAUCGCAUCAGUUCUGAAGAUAUUUACAGGAAACAAGAAGAUACAAUCAUCUCUUGGAGAGAUCCAGAAUCUGGUACAGAACUAGCCCUUAGCUUUCAAGAGACUAGUGGAUGCUCUUAUAUUUGGGACAAUAUUUGCAAUGUGCAAAGGAAUAUGCAUUUUACUUUAAAUACUGAGGCAUUUCACAGUGUAAACAGUGAGUUAAGGGAGUUACCCGCGGUUGAGUUGUCAACACUUCCUUUGAUUCUUAAGACUCUGGUUGAGAGUGGCAUUGCAGACCAGUUGCGGCUUGCGGAGCUAAUAUUGAGUGAUCAAGAUUUUUUUCGAAAGCUGAUGGAACUAUUCAGAAGAUGUGAAGACUUGGAAAAUAUUGAUGGCCUUCACAUGAUUUUCAAGAUAGUCAAAGGGAUAAUAUUGCUUAACAGUACACAAAUUUUCGAGAGAAUAUUCAGUGAUGAAUUUAUAAUGGACAUUAUUGGUUCUCUUGAGUAUGAUCCAGAAGCUCCUCAUAUUCAGCAUCAUCGUAAAUUCUUAAAGGAGCAUGUUAUUUUUAAGGAGGCCGUACCAAUAAAGGAUCGUACUGUGUUGUCAAAGAUACAUCAGACAUAUAGAGUUGGUCUUUUGAAGGAUGUUGUUUUGGCUAGAGUAUUGGAUGAGGCUACUGUUGCAAAUCUGAACUCUAUGAUAUAUGCAAACAAUGCCUUUGUUGUUUCUGUAUUGAAGGAUGACAGUACAUUUAUCCAGGAGUUAUUUGCUAGGUUAAAAUCCCCCACCACUUCUUCUGAAUCAAAGAAAAAUUUGGUUUAUUUCUUGUAUGAGUUUUGUAGUUUAAGCAAGAGCCUACCAAUGGUUCAGCAGCUUCGACUUUUUAGGGAUCUGAUGAAUGAAGGCAUCUUUGAUAUUAUCACUGAUGUCCUGCAAUGUCAAGACAAGAAGUUUGUGCUUACUGGAACAGAUAUCCUCAUUCUAUUCUUGAAUCAGGAUCCUAAUCUUCUGCGUUCCUAUGUUGUGAGGCAAGAAGGAAUGACACUACUUGGACUGUUGGUUAGAGGAAUGAUAACAGAUUUUGGAGAUGAGAUGCACUGCCAGUUUCUUGAAAUCAUUCGGAGUUUGUUGGACUCGUGCACGUUGUCUGGAGCACAGAGGGACACUAUAAUUGACAUAUUCUUUGAGAAGCAUUUGGGUCAACUGAUUGAAGUGAUAACAGCAUCAUGUCCUCCAGAAAAUGUUGCCCGUGCAAGUAGCAAAUCUGUAGGUCCUGCUCAAAGAGUUCAGUUGCAGAGUGUGACGAAGCCAGAGAUACUAGCAAACAUAUGUGACUUAUUAUGCUUUUGCGUCUUGCACCAUCCAUACAGGAUAAAGUGCAACUUUCUUCCUAAUAAUGUGAUUGAUAAAAUUUUGUUACUGACACGGAGAAGAGAAAAAUACUUGGUUGUUGGUGCUGUCCGGUUUGUUCGUACUAUUCUCUCCCGCCAUGAUGAGCAUCUGAUUAUCCAUUUUGUUAGAAAUAAUCUUCUCAAACCAAUUGUAGAUGCCUUUGUCGCCAAUGGAAAUCGCUACAAUCUGCUUAACUCUGCAGUUCUUGAACUUUUUGAGUAUAUUCGCAAGGAGAAUCUAACAUUGUUGCUGAAAUAUAUAAUUGAAUCCUUCUGGGACCGGUUGAUGAAAUUUGAGUAUUUGGUAUCCAUUCGCUCACUGAAAGUAAAGUAUGAGCAGUGUGUAGAUAAUGGUGGUACAAAAAGUACAUCUAAUGUGACUGACCUUCGAAGACGAACUGAUGAGCGUUGUUUGGAGAAAGAAGAGGAAGAGUACUUUAAUGAAGACAGUGAUGAAGAGGAUACAUCUGCAUCCAUUUCGCGAAAUCAGAAAGCGCAGCAGCAAAAACCUGUUUUGUCCAAUGGAGUUGCUGCAGGCUACUCGCAGAGUCCAAGGUCUGGUGCACUGGUUGAUUAUGAUGAUGACGAGGAUGAUGAGGAUUACAGGCCGCCACAAAGGAAGCAACUGGAGACUUCUGAAGAGGAUGAAGGGACAAUGGAGUCUCUCAGGCUGAAAAGGAAAUUGCCUUCAAAGGAUAAGGAGCCUGAGUCAGUGAAGAAGCAGAAACUGUCUAAGAACUCAAAAUCAAAAGAUAGUGUUUUUGCUGCGUUGUGUUCAACAUUGAGCCAGGCUGUGCUACCUGUUAAGAGAACUGCAAUGAACAUUCAUACAGGCCCUUGGCCAAAUGAUGGGAGGGAGAGCCCAGGGGAAGGCAAUCAAGAAAAGGGGCCAAGUGUUUCUGGAACCUGUUCUGAGAUUAGCAAUACAACAAAUGAAGAGAACCAUUUAGAUAGAGAAACUGCUGCCUCGAGAAAUGUUUCUGAAAGGUUACCUGGCACCCUGGAGAAUGGCCAGUUGGGUACUGAGGAACAUCCAUUGGUUUCACCAAAAUCCUCACCAGAGAUGGCUGUCAACGGAUCUUAGGCUUUCAGAACCGUAUUGUGGAAGGCUUAUUGUUCAUGUUGUCUGACCUAUGGAUAUGCUGGUGGCUAAGUGGUUACUGAGCGUACGCCAAAGCUAUGAGCCAGAAGAAAAGAAAGGUUUUCUACAAGGGGGUAAGUUCUUAUUUUGCAUUACGUUGACAACAUGCAGAGAUUCUGUACAGUGUCGCUGAGAUGUGGAAGACAUUAAUACUGCAACUUGGAUCUGCUCCUAUGCUUUGGUUGGCUAUUACAGGCUUUGAGCAUAGUAAUUGUUGCUUUUGUGUAACAUUCACCAGCGAUAAUUCUCGUUUUCUUUUC